CAAUACAAAACAUCCCAGUUUCAACCUAUUCGUGAGAGUAAACUGGAGGGCAAGGACACCAUGGACACUGCUCAAUUAAUGACUGACCACUAUGAGAGCAAUGGGGCUGUGAGAGUCACAGUAGAUGUUCUACGGGAAAUCAAUCAAUGUGAACUUGCUAAUCAGCUUGAAAACACCUUGGGUGGACUGGAGCAGCAUCUUCUUUCGAGAGAUAAGAAGAAAGAAGCCAACCAGGGUGACAAACUGAAGAACUUGUUGACUUGUGGUGGGAACUCAUUAGACAACUACGACAACAUGAUUAUUGUUGUAAACAAGAGCAGUCCAGAGCAAGUGCAGUAUCUCAAGUUUCUGAAUAAACUGAAACUUUUCUGUGUGUUAGACUUUGACCCAGACUCCAAUACUCAGGUUGGACUGUGCCAUUCCUACAGAGAGUCAAGGUGGGCCAAUCUUCACACCCCCUCACAGUAUCAAGGACAGAUUGACUCAGUCAUAAAGAACCUUAACCUCUACAAACAGACCAGCUGGGUCUUUUGCAAUGGGAGACAUGACCUUGAAGGUGACUCAAACAAGGAGUUAAACUAUUGGAACUGGGUGAGGAAAUCUUGCAGCGAUGUUGAGCAACUGGUUUCAUUCAUUUGCAACCCUGAAGUUCUUCUCCAUGGAAGAAGUCUCAUCAUGUUCCUCCUUCUUUCACCUGUAGACUCAGAAAAAGACCCCAUCUUUGAAACCUACAGGGCUUUCAUGAAGAAAACCGAAGAAGAAAUGAUCAUUCAUAUUUGUGAAUCUCAGAGCACAUAUGAGAAAUGGAAGGAACUGAUACAAGAAAAAUGGGGACUUUGA